UGGGCAGGCGUGCAGAGAGCAGACUGCAGCAGUGACUGACUAACUAUUGGAAAAUAUGAUAACACAGGAACAGCAAGACUGAAGGAAACAUCCUCUCAUUUUAUAAAAUGUUUAAUUGGCAGUGAACAGGAAUAACAGGAAGUAGAUCACUGCCGCACACUUCAGGAUCAAGAAGUAUGGAGGAUUCCUGCCUGGUUCGAUGUGACAGCCUGGAUGCUGGUUCAGGGUGUGACAGGGAUGUCAUGACCCCAAUCGACCAUAUGACCCUUGACCCUGAGGGCUCUGACCCCACAGCAAACCUGGAGCCUUCACCAGCAGAACUGGCUCAGUGUGAGGCUGAAGUGGGGACGCUGCUCAGCAUCAUUGCUGAACUGAACAAGAAGAUGGGGUCAUUAAAGGCACCAAGUGAACCAGGGGACCUGAGACCACAAAGACCAUCCGGACCUCUGGUUCCAGACCUCCUGUCCCAUAGGCUGGCCAGAAGCAGCCCAGAGAGGAGCGCUGCCUCUGCUGCCACAUCUAAACCUCCACUGACUAACCGAGGGGGCGGUGGUGUAGUGUGGACUAAACUACAGGAGGUUUUAUCGUCAGUGGAGGACUCCAUCAGCUGUAAAAGGUCCUGGGCCGCCCCCAUCACAGCUUCUGACCAAGACAAGCACAGAGAGCAUCUGCAGGCAGCCCAGGAGAGCUGGGUUAAGGCCACUCAGAUAUUAGAGGAGAUGGAAAUAGAGUUUGGGAUUUCAUGCCCAUCAGGCCUGCCAAAGGAACAAUAUCAGGAGGACAUCCUGGAUCCGGAGAAGCGAGACUCUGCUCUCAGAAGCACCUUGCAAAUUCACCAGGUGGAGCUGGAGAGAGCACAAAGCGCCUUCAGCCAGAUGGAAGAGGACAACAACAAGCUGGUUGGUCUUCAUAAGUCCUGGAGGUCAGGUGGUCACUCUCCUUCCUACUGGCCCUCUGCAGGGGCUCUCAGUCCUGACUGGGCCUCUCCUCCCUUCCCGGGUUCACCUUUACUCUACAGAAGAACAGCCAGAGCUGUAACACCUCUGUCUGUGGGUGGCGAUGGUUCUCCAGUGGGCUCUGUUACCUCAUGCAGUCCCUGUCCCAGUCCCAUCAGCCUGGAGUCUGAGACAGAACGACUGAACAGGUGCAUUGAGAGACUGAGGGCCAGAAAUGAACGGCUGACUGCAGCUCUGGAGCGAAGGAAGGGAGAGUCAGAACAGAUCAGUCUUGCACUAAACAGACUUGAGGCUAACUGCUCUGCCCUGCAGAUGACUCUUAGAUACUGUGAGGAGUGUGAAGAGGCCUACAGCGAGCUGCUGUCACUCUAUGACGCCAAGAAGCAGCAAAGCAUUCCUCUGCAGACAGACUCAGCAGAGGCAGUUGGUGACAGGCUGCAGCCCGACAGUCCAUCAGCUCAGCUCAUGAGACCUGAAGAGCUGUCCACCUCUUUCUCAACAGCAGGAGUCACAGAGGAGACGGAAACACAGAGUCACACAGGGCAGAGGACACCUGAGCUGGUGGAGCGAGAGGCGGUUCUCCGUCAGCAAAUUGAGCGCCUGAAGAGAGACCGGGCAGCCAUUUGUCGACCUAAGCUGAGCCCAGGAGUUGAGGGCAAAAUGAGCCCCGAAACUGCUCACCCGGCUGGAUCAAGAGAGGGACAUGUGACUAAACAUAACGCCAAACCUCCUGAUUCCAAGAAAGAGAAGGCCUCCCUCUUCUGUGAACUCAUCUCUGUCAGGGAGGAGAUGUCAGAUCUGCGAGCUCUAAUCCGCCUCAAGGAGAAAGAGUUGAGGUGUCUGGAGUGGGGUUUAAUGGCCCAGAAGGCCCAGGAAGCAGCUGGAGCCUUCGAACCAGAAAGCCUGCGAGAGGAGAGGGAGGAUUGUAAGACCGAACAACAGAGGCUCUGUGAAGAUGCAGCUAAACUGGGAAGUGAUGGGGACCUCACUGAUCCUCGAACCAGACCCAUUCUGAAAGAGCUGCAGGCCGUCCUGCAAAGGGAACAAGCCCUGAAGAAGAGACUGGCUUUAGUUCAAGACUCACUAAACACAGCUCUGUCAGACACCACCUCGCACAGGAGGGCCAAUGGAGAGCAGAUUGCCCGGCUUACACAAGCUCACAGUAAAGCCUUGAGUUCAUACCGGCAGAUUCGCCGGAAAUAUCGGGAGCAGGUGUGGAGGCUGGAGCAGAAAGUGGCGACCGUGAUGGAGAGUCACCAUCUCCAGAGUGGAGCACCGAAAGCUGCAACGGACGCCUUGGAGUGGAGGAGGGAAGAGACGGUUCUGUGAUCCUACGAUUCUCCAGUCAGAGAAUCAGCUGUACUGUAGUAGUCAAAUGCAUCAUUAACUUAAGUCGCUUAUAUGUGUUUUUUUUAUAAUUUGUGGAGUUAUUGACAUUGUGAGCAUGUUAGCAUUUCGCUCAAAGCUGUGCCUACAGCCUCACAGAGCUGCUAGCAUGCUGUAGACUCUUAUUGUUCUUAUUAGGAUGUUAUAUUGUUACUUAGUUUGCUUGUAUAAGAUAUAUGUACCUUUUUAUCUAUGUAUCUGUCAACCCAUCAAGGACAUCUACAGCAGUUUGUUCAGGCAUCCAUUGGCUGAGAGAGGUAAAUAUAGCGUAUGUAGGGCAGUAGAACAUGGAAAGCAGUUUAAGUUCCACCUUUUCACUCCUUGUGUGAGUCACCAAUAAACAGAAAAAGGAAUCCAGAGCUUAACUUGUCUAACGGGACUCACACAUCACAAGACACAUUCCCUAUUUCAGAGAAACAGCUGUCAUGCAGUCAUGAAUGUUUUAGGCUGAUUCAAGGACUGAGUCAUCUGAGGAGCUCGGGACUGACCUCGAGAGUGCACAUGUUCUUUUUCCCAUACAAGCCGACUGACUGUAAAAAAGCCCCUCCCCGGCCGGCCAUGCUGUCGUCACAGAGCUCAGAGAAGGGGGAUGGGGGCCAGGACAAUGGCCAGCCCAUUUGUCUUCUUAGCACUUUCAUAGUUCUCUCUGCCUUUCACUAUUACCCCUUCUCUUCAAUGGUUUGCUAGUAGCUCAAAAAAAAGAGGCUAUGACGAGACAUUGGUGUAAAACUGAUCCUCUUGGAAUAGGGCAAUUGCUUAAAUUAGUUGUUUUUUUUGAGAGCUAAAUGAGUAGUUCACUCCAUUAACACAUUUUUGGUUUUGGUUAUUUCAUUGUAGCCUAUAUGUUGCCAAUGCAAAAGACCAAUAUUUCAAAAUCUGUACAAAUAAAUAAACAGACACAACUGACAAUAAUUGAGAAACAAAAUGAAAUGUGGGUGAACCACCUCUUCAAAAACCCAGCUAACUGUGGCCAUCUUUUUAUACCAACCCUUCCCUCUUUACCUCACUCAUACCUCCAUUUCCUCUCCCUCCAUCUUCUUUCCUCACUCAUCUCUCAAUCAUCUCCAUCCCCUCUCCCCCCUCCCCGCUCCAGCCGCGACCCUACCCGAGCCGGUCAGCUGCAGCUGUGACCGGCGGUCAGGAGGUUAAGGCAAAGGUUGAGUGUCACGCCCACAGGGUCACAGCGAUGCAGCGCUGUUGUGUUAGACCGUGAAUGGAGGGUUCAGAGUGCCAGACGAGGUGGCGAGCCCCUGACGCCCUGACGCCCUGACUCUUGACUGAGCUUGCCCUUUCCCGAGCAGAGGUCACCACAGAGGGCCGGUCCUCGCUGCUCCCCCCCAUACCUCCAUGUCACCAUCUUUAUUGUUGUAAUAGCUGCCAUUAGAGCAGAUGAUACAAUUAUCGUUCCAUUUUGUGUUCUGUCUCUCUAAGAUCUAUGUUAAGCUUCUGAGUUCAUCAAAGGUUUUUUAGAAGACAUGAUUGUUGUAACCUUUGGGUGACUCUUAUAUCAAAGAGGCCACAUUAUGCCAAACUGUCGAACAAUGUCGAAGUACCGCAUUACAAGUCCUGCAUUCAGAAUCUUACUUAAGUAAAAGAACAGAUAUUACCAGAGAAUGUACUUCAAUUAUCAAAGUAAAAGUACUCGUUCUGCAAUAAAAUGGCCCUGGCUACUGAUUCAUACGCUAUACUAGAAUAUAAAUUUGGUAAAUCAUGCUGGAGCUCAACUUGACCACUUUAUAUAUUGUUAUAGUAGUUAAUUUAUACCACUGUAUUGUGUUUUAUAAGUUCAUCAUAUGGUUUCCUAAAUGUAAAAUCACAAUAUGCAAAGUAACCAGUAACGAUGUCAAAUAAAUGGAGUGAAAAGUACAAUAUUUGCCUCUGAAAUGUAGCAGAGUAGAAGUACAAAGUAGCAUAGCUUGAAAAUAGUCCAGCAAAUUUUAAAGUACUAGCAAUUGUACUUGAGCAUCUACAGUAUCUCAGUAUUACAGCCUCAGGACUGUUGUCAUGUAUGAUUACUUCUCAUUCUCUUGAUUUAAAAAGAAAAAAUAC